UUAAAAAAUUGCACGAAUCUUCAGCACCCUCCAAAUAAAGUGAGCAUUCCAAGGAAGCACUCACAUAUAAAGUUGACACAAAAAGAAAGCAUCCUCGAAUUGGCCACGUGAAGUCAAUUUCUUGUGCAUAGAACGACAAACGAGUCGAGCCUCAAGAUAUACAUACAUACAGUCUAGUCUACACACAACUUGCGAGUCCUUAUCUCUCUUACUGAAUUUCUCUCUUCUCAUCCUCAUCUUGCGAGUACUAUUCCUACACUUCCUGUGUUGAGAUCAUGGCGGCAGUUGUGGGUGAAGCUUUUCUCUCUGCUUUUAUUGAAGUUGUUAUAGACAAGCUUGCUUCUCCUGAGUUUGUUAACUUCAUCCGAGGGAAGAAGCUUGAUGAUAAUUUGCUCCAACGGCUGAAGAACACUCUGUAUGCUGUUGAAGCAGUGCUGAAUGAUGCUGAGCAGAAACAGAUCAAGGACUCUGCAGUGAACAAGUGGCUCGAUGACCUCAAAGAUGCUGUCUAUGUUGCUGAUGACUUUCUGGAUCAUGUUGCUACUAAAGCUGCCACUCAAAAGAAGGAGGUAAGCAACUUCUUCUCUCGCUACUUCAAUUUUCAAGACAGGGACAUGGUUAAUAAGUUGGAAGACAUAGUUGAAAGACUGGAAUCUAUUUUCAAACUCAAAGACAUUCUUGGUCUUAAAGAGGUUGCCAAGGAGAAUUAUUCAUGGAGACUCCCAUCUUCCCCUCUUGAAGACGGAUCUAAUAUCUAUGGCAGGGAUCAAGACAAAGAAGCUAUCCUCAAAUUAUUGCUAGAUGAUGAUAUGAGUGAUGGUAAAGUAGGUGUGAUCCCUAUUGUUGGUAUGGGUGGAGUGGGAAAAACAACUUUAACCCAAGUGGUCUAUAAUGAUGAAAAUUUAAAGCAGGAAUUUGAUUUGCAAGCAUGGGUUUGUGUUUCUGAUGAGUUUGAUAUUCUCAAGGUUACUAAGACUAUCACACAGGCAAUUACCAAAAGUAAUUGUGGUCUGAACGAUAUAAGUUUACUCCAUCUUGAAUUGAAAGAGAAGUUGAUGGGGAGGAAAUUCUUAAUAGUUUUGGAUGACGUUUGGUUGGAGGAUUAUGUUACUUGGAAUUUUCUUAUAAAACCUCUUCAAUUUGGGACUAAGGGAAGCAAGAUUCUCGUGACGACACGUAGCGAAAAAGUUGCUUCCCUAAUCCAAACUUCCCAAGGUUAUCGUCUAAAGCAAUUGUUGGAUGAAGAUUGUUGGUUAGUCUUUGCGAACCAUGCAUGUUUUUCAUCAGCAUCUAAUGGGAACACAACUCUUGAAAAAAUUGGCAGACAAAUUGUUAAAAAGUGUGAUGGGUCACCUUUAGCAGCACAAUCACUUGGAGGCUUAUUGCGAGGUAAAAAUGAUAUAAAAGACUGGAAUAAUAUAUUGAACUCCAACAUUUGGGAACUUUCUGAAAAUGAGAGCAAGAUUAUUCCAGCACUGAGAAUUAGUUAUCAUUAUUUACCUCCAUUUUUGAAACGUUGCUUUGUUUAUUGUUCAUUGUAUCCUAAGGAUUAUGAAUUUGAAAAAGAUGAGUUAAUCUUGUUGUGGAUGGCGGAAGAUCUUUUACCGCCUUCAAAAAGUGGAAAGACUUUAGAAGAAGUCGGUUGUGAGUAUUUUGAUGAUUUGGUAGCGAGAUCAUUUUUUCUUCGAUGUCGCCGCGAUAGUUAUUUUAUGAUGCAUGAUCUUGUGCAUGAUUUAGCGAUCCUACUCGGUGGAGAAUUCUACUUCAGAUCCGAAGAACUUGGGAAAGAAUCUAAAAUUUGUAUGAAGACUCGUCAUUUGUCAUUAAGUGGGUUCAGUGGUAUAAUCUCUGAAAAUUUUGAUUUCUUUGGCAGAGUUAAAUUUUUAAGGACACUUUUACCAAUUGAUUUCAAAGAUUCUUCAUUCAACCGUGAAAAGGCAGCAUGCGUCAUUAUGUCCAAUCUGAAGUACUUAAGAGUCCUGUCAUUUAGUAAGUUUGGGGAUGUUGAAGCAUUACCAGAUUCAAUUGGUGAGUUGAUUCAUUUGAGAUAUUUGGACCUCUCUUACACAAGAAUAAAGACAUUACCAGAGUCAUUGUGUAAUUUAUACAAUCUACAAACGUUGAAAUUGUUUUGGUGUUCAUUGCUGACUAUGUUACCUGAUGGCAUGCAAAAUCUUGUAAAUUUGCGUCAUCUUGAUAUUAGGGGAAUUAAAUUAAAAGAGAUGCCCAAAGGAAUGAGCGGACUAAAAAAUUUGCAGUAUUUAAGUGACUUUUUUGUGGGCGAGCAUGAAGGGCAGAAGAUCCAAGAAUUGGGAAAGCUUUCAAAUUUACAUGGAUCACUUGCAAUUUCCAAUUUGCAGAAUGUUGCCAAUGGUUAUGAAGCGUUGGAGGCAAAGGUAGCGGAUAAGAAAAACCUUAACAGGUUAUGCCUGCUUUGGUUACACCUGUAUUGGUCUCUUGAGAGCAAUUUUACAGAUUCCGUAACUGAAAUGGACAUUCUUGACAAGUUACAACCUCACCAAGACCUGAAGCGUAUAUGGAUAUCUGGGUACAGGGGCACUAAAUUUCCAGAAUGGGUUGGACAUUCUUCCUACCACAACAUGACUGAGCUAUCUUUAUUGAAUUGUACGAAUUGUUGUAUGCUUCCUUCACUUGGACAACUACCCUCUCUCAGGAAACUAUCUAUUAUCCGAUUGAAGGGGUUGGAGACUGUUGGUGUUGAAUUUUUGAAGAGCGACGAUUCCUUUUCAGGGACACCUUUUCCCUCCCUUCACUAUCUGACAUUUGAAGACAUGCCGAGUUGGGAGGUGUGGCGUCCCUUUGAAUCAAAUGCCUUUCCUCAACUACAGUACCUCAGAAUAGACAACUGUCCCAGAUUAAGGGGAGAUUUGCCAAAUAACCUUCCAGCUUUGGAAUCACUUGAAAUUAGCAGAUGUGAGCAGCUUGCUUCUUCUCUUCCAAGGGCUCCUGCCAUCUGCUGUUUAGAGAUACGUGAAAGCAAUAAAGUAUCAUUGCGGGAGAUGCCCAUUUCGGUGGAAGAUCUAUAUAUCAAAGGAAGCGAGGUGGUGGAUUCCAUGUUGGAGGCCACCGCCAUCACCCAACCAACUUCCCUUCGAUCUUUAUCUUUAGGGAAUUGUUCAUCUGCCAGAUCAUUCCCGGGAGAUUGUUUACCUGCAUCAUUGAAGAAGUUGUCUAUCUCGAGUUUCAGGAAGCUAGAAUUUCCAAAGCAGCAGCACGAGUUACUUCAGUCGCUGUAUAUAAAUAGUAGCUGUGAUUCUCUCACAUCCCUCCUGUUGGAGAGCUUUCCAAAUCUCCAUUCUCUCACGAUCAGAAACCUUGAAAAUCUGGAAAGUAUUUCAGUACAGGGAGAUGCUGCUCUCACAGAUUUCGUCAUAGAUGGCUGCCCCAAAUUUGUAUCAUUCCCAAAUGAAGGAUUGUCUGCGCCUGCAAUGACUAAAUUCUCUGUCUCUGAUUGCAACAAGUUAAAGUCAUUACCUUAUCACAUGAGUACUCUUCUCCCAAAGUUAGAAUCUCUCAAGAUAAACAGUUGCCCAGAAAUUGAGUCAUUUCCUAGUAUGCCGCGUAGCUUGAGAUCACUUGAGAUCGAGAACAACGAGAAAUUGAUGAGGAGUCCAUCUCUAGCUUCAGUGGACAUGCUCACGCAUCUUACCAUUGGAGGUCCAUGUGACGGUGUCAAGUCCUUCCCGGAGGUGGGUUUGGUGUUGCUGCCUCCCUCCCUUACUUCCCUGAUGUUACUUGAGUUAACAAGUAUGGAGACGUUGGACUGCAAGGGGCUUCUCCACCUCACCUCCCUGCAACAAUUAACAAUUUACCGCUGUCCGAAGCUGGAGAAUGUGGUGGGAGAAAGGUUGCCUGCUUCUCUAAUAAAACUUGAAAUCAUUGAGUGUCCUCUGUUGGAAGAACAGUGCAAAAUGAAGCACCCGAAAAUUUGGCCCAAAAUUUCCCACAUCCGAGGCAUUAUGGUUAAUGACAGAUGGAUUUUUUGAGCUAAACUAGGAUCAUCAACAGGUGAUUUGUUGGUGAAAUGGAGGAUGAAGCUGUUUUAGGUGUUGGGGCAACAAGAGAGGAGGAAGAAGAUGAGUUUUGCAGUUGCUGUGAAGAUGAAGAUGAAGAUGAAGAACCAUGGAAGGAAACUGAGGAACCUGUGGUGGAACGGUUGAAGGAUAAGCUUGAUGAAUUUUCAGUAAGAUUGUUUUUUAAGGGGUUGUCAAUAGCCAAGGUUGAGAAUUCAAGUUCUGGGUUUUCUGGAAUUGGAGUGUUCAUGGAAAUGUCAUCAAGUCUUCCUGCUAUAAGGGUGCAGAAAAAGCUUGAUUUUUAUGCAGAGGAGCCUGUAGUUGACUACUUGGCACUCAUGGAUGGUUUGCUGGAAGCUGUGCAGAACAAGAUCCGCAAGGUUUAUGCUUUCACAGAUUCUGAGUUGUUGUAUAAUCAGGUAAAGAUUAUCCAAGCUGAUAUCUCACUAUCCUUUUGAGCAGAAGUUAGAGUGGCAAGUAUGAUAAAGAAGUCUUCAAGUAUUAAAAAGUUUCUGUUUAACAGACAUUGGAAUGGAUUGUUCCCUUCUUGAUUAUGAUGGGAAUGUCAGUCAUGUUGGCUUUGAUUUGUAAAAUCAUAGUUGAAAGAUUCACAGAGGAGGAGUUAAUAUCAAAAGUUGAAAUUUUAACUGAGAAGGCUGCAAAUAUUGUGUGGUCAGUUCCUUUUUCCCUUGGUUGAAAUCUCCAAUUUUUGGGACCAAUUAAAGAAAAGUAUGUUGUGGAUGCUUGAAGAAAGUUUUUUAUAUAAUGGCCUUAGAUUUUAGAGCUGAUAUAUUGAGGUGCUCCUUUCUUGAAUUGAACUUGAAUCCGUGUUGAUUAUGCUUGGAAUAUCAAUCAUUAUUGAAAGAUUUUGGCGAAGGAAUUUGUAUUCAAGUGGAAGAACCAUGCCCCAUGAAGCACCUUUACAUUCAUGUAUGGCUGACGAUGUCUGAUGGAUUUCAUCAACAGACAUUGAAGUGUCUCCCUUGUUGAUUAUGCUGGGACUAUCAAUCAUAUGCUUGAUUUGGUUUCUACAAUCACAGUUGAAAGAUUUCUGAAGAAGGAUUUGACAUCAGAUGUCCGAACUUCAACUAUAAAGGCUCUACUUAUUGUGCUUGUAGUUCCUUUUGAUGGUUGCAAUCUUCUCUAAUAGAACCCACUAAAUAAAGUUUUGCUAUGGAUGCAGAAGAAAGUUCUUAUAGAAUAGUCUCUUUCUUAAACCUUGGCUCGAUUUUAAUGAAGACACCGACAUCAACAGAAGAAGAAAAAGGUUGAAGACCAUGAAGAUUGGAAAGCACGAGCACUAAUUUAACUAGAUAAGUUUAUUGCUUUCUAGUAUAGGUCCUUACCUUUAAUUAGUUCAUUUUUAAGUGUGGUAUCACCUAUGGCUUUUUACCAUGGUUCUUUGAGCCAUUGAAAAACUCUUCUUAUUCUCUUUGAAUCAAGCUUGAUUCUAAGUUUGCCAUGGGUUUGGUUGGGUGAGUGCUUUGUAACAAGGAAGUGGUGUGCUUCUUUGGGGUAAUACGUGUUAUUGAGAGUCUUGGUGUGAGACUUGUACUGAACAUUAAUUACAUAGUGGAAAAAUCCCUAAAUCAAAAAGGGGACUGGACGUAGCCUUCAGUUGGAGAAGGUGAACCAGGAUA